AUGAAUUACUCGUAUUUGAACCAAGCGGCCGCGGCCGCCGCCGCGGGCUUCGAGGCCUCUAGCUGUGCGUUGGCCGCCAGUGAAAUGCAAUGUGGAUACGGGGACUUGAGCUCAUGCUCGCAAAUGAGCCAGGCUGCUUAUCGUUACACCGCGGCACGGGCAGCUGGUUAUCCGGGAAACGCGGACACCACGAGUUCCGGAAGCACCGCAUCGUUGGGGGCCCAUCACACCUCCCACUCUCAUGCCCAUGCUCACCACGGGGCCCAUGCAACCCCCUGCUCCGUAAUGGCUGCCAGAUCUCAAGAAGUUCAUCGGCACGCGAUCUUUCCGUCGGCCAUUAACUUGCAGAACGGUCUAGGCUACAAGGCAUAUUCUGGACACGAUGGCCUAGCGGAGAAGAGGAAACAGCGUCGGAUACGAACUACCUUCACGUCCGCUCAGCUCAAAGAGUUAGAGCGUGCCUUCCAAGAGACUCACUAUCCGGAUAUUUACACCAGAGAGGAAAUCGCCAUAAAGAUCGACUUGACGGAAGCCAGAGUUCAAGUGUGGUUCCAGAACCGACGCGCGAAAUUUCGAAAGAUGGAGAGGCUCGCUCAGCAGAAGUCCAACUCCCAGAGCGGGAUCGGUGUGGACAGCGGGGCUUCCAGCCCUGUGGCGAGCAACGUGAAGGCGGAGGGUCGUUCACCGAGAAGUCCAGCGACGCCACCCGGUGGCUCGAACAGCGUCUUGUCCUCGAACGAGGUGAAACCAAUUACGAAUCCGAAUUUGGUGAGCGUGAAGCACACGACGGAUGGCUCCGCGGAUGGCAGCUCGCCCAGCACGCGGGGUAGCAACGGCGGUGGUGGUGCAUGGGGUUCCUGCAGUCCGAGGCCCUUCUCCACCGCACUACCACCUUAUCUAUUGGACCCGUUGCCUCUGAAAACCGCGAACCUCUACUAAUCGUCCUGACGAAACUACUCCAUCCCGGCGGAAUCGUGUAAAUAUAGAGAGAAAGUAUGUCGUGUACUUCGAACGGAAAUGCUGUUCAGAGGACACUUGGUUCCUCGUGGGGGUCGUUUAUCAGCACUGUCUAAUUUCUUCGACCUGGGAUAGGAUCAAGAAAAAUUCGUAUCUUAAAGUUGAGGUUCAACAUCGCCGCAAUGUAAUAUUGUACCUUCGUUCUCCAUCUUCGUUAUUAGCAUUAUAUUGACUUAUAAUUGAGUAAUAGAAAAGCUCGACCCGAAAUAAAAAUAUAACGAACCGUGAUAUCGGCGAUACAUCAGUUUUUUUUUAUCUACUACUCUUGAACAUGAUUGAUACGCUAAGUUCGAUGGUCGUACGUCACAGUUCGUUCUUCAACAAGUGACCGUUUUUUAUUAUUUAUCGUCGGAGUAAGCAGAGUCGAUGAAAAUAUCGAGUAAGCGAGACGGAAUGAUAACAAACACAUUUCCCUCUCGAAUAUAAAUAAACAGGCAAUAUAAAUUUGCGAGUCUUCUUGCUAUGGAAGCACUUAGGGUCGGAUUUGACCCGGGUUCUCCGUAAUACUUGAUCCUAUCCCUACUUUCGGUCGUAGCCUGGCAAUUUGAAACGAUCGUAUAGGAAAUUUUGCUGAGAUUACUUUUGAAAUAGACAAACAUUCUUAUCGUUUUACUUCAUUUUUGUGUUGCAGCCUUCGUCCACUACGAAAAUGUUCCGUCGCAGUGAUAAACGAGAGACUGUUUAAUUUAUUUUGGCGGUGUCUGUAAGUUUUUACUUUUAUUCCGUUCUUUUCUUUAUUUAUUUAUAGAAUUAGAUACCCCAAUUUUUUUUGAUCGACGGUACCGGUGCUAGAAAGGAGGGUGUUAAGAAAUGCCCAUUUUUGGCAUCGCCCGGAAAUGAAAAAUUCAUGCAGGAUCUUUUAGAGUGUCUCCCAAGGAACAAAAAAUGUCCUUAUCACUUUCCCGAGAAACGAUGGGAAAGUUGACAAAAAUACGUUCAAAGUAUGAAUGUUAUGAUAACGUAACUUACGUAUAUUCUACAUUCCGUCGUCUUCUU